AUGGAGAUGCAGUCGUACUACACCAAGCUUUUGGGAGAGCUCAACGAGCAACGCAAGAGGGACUUCUUCUGCGACUGCAGCAUUAUCGUGGAGGGCAGGAUCUUCAAAGCGCACAAAAACAUUUUGUUCGCCAACAGCGGCUAUUUCCGAGCCCUGCUGAUUCACUACAUCCAAGACAGCGGACGCCACAGCACCGCCUCUCUGGACAUUGUCACCUCGGAGGCCUUCUCCAUCAUCCUAGAUUUCCUUUAUUCCGGGAAGCUAGAUCUCUGCGGGGAAAAUGUUAUCGAGGUGAUGUCUGCGGCUAGCUAUUUGCAGAUGACCGAUGUGGUCAACUUCUGCAAAACGUAUAUAAGGUCAUCGUUAGAUAUUUGCAGGAAAAUAGAGAGAGAGGCCGCUUUCUAUCAGGCUGAUAGUGGGAGCGCUAGUUCUGCGAGAGAGGGCACCUCAUACAGCUCAAAGAGCCAGUGCUCUGCCUCUGUCUCUUCCCUGCAGGAAAAGGAAAGGAUUUUGGAUUGCCAGAGAGACCCUCCCUGCGGUGAAUGCAGCAGCUGCCAUCCCCUGGAGCUCGUGGUCAGAGACCCCGUAAGCAGCGACUCUCCAGACGAUGUUAAUUCUUCACUGCCCAAGGGGGUGGAACCCAAAGUAGAGUUUGACUCGGAUGAAGUAGAGGUAGAAGUGGGUGAACGGCUGCCACAGUAUCCACCUCCGUUGUCCCUCGAGCAGAUGGAAGAAGGACUGCAUGGCGGGCAGGCGAUGGACCUGGCCUGCAAUAACUAUCAUAUGAAACAAUUUCUAGAGGCCCUGUUGCGCAACAGCUCAGCUCAGAGAAAGGAUGAUGUGGUUCAUCACUUUGUCCGGGGCUUUGAGGGUAGGCCAGAGGAUGCAGGGGUAGCCAUGAGUUCCAUGAUGGACAUUCACAGCGACUGGUAUGGUGAGGACACAGGUGAUGUGUUAGUUGUGCCAAUCAAGCUUCACAAGUGUCCGUUCUUUUUUAAGCAGAAAGGAAUACUAAAACGGCACAUUCGCUCUCACACAGGUGAGAGACCCUACCCCUGUGAGACGUGUGGGAAACGUUUCACGCGGCAGGAACACCUUCGGAGUCAUGCUUUAAGUGUGCACCGAUCAAACAAGCCCAUUAUCUGUAAAGGCUGCAGGAGAACAUUCACAAGUAGCCUGUCUCAAGGAUUACGACGCUUUGGCUUGUGCGACAGCUGCACCUGCGUGACCACUACGCACGAGGACUCAAUGCCCAUUAACCUCAGCCUAAUGGAACCUUCAUCAGAAGGCCAAGAAAAGGGUGAUGCUGAUAACGAUUGGCCCAUAUAUGUGGAGUCUGGAGAGGAAAACGAUCCAGCUGAUGAUGAUGAUGCUGAUGGUGAUGACAAGCAGGAAAUCCACAGGAGUUUAUCAGACCGAGAAACACUUAUGUAG